AUGAUGUCAUUUUCCGGCGGAUUUUCCUCAAGAAUUUUGGUGAAUGUUUUUGUGUUUUUUAUUUUUACUUGUACCGUUUUCUCUGCUACUGAAUUUGAUUUCGGAACGCUGACAUUGACGAGCUUGAAGCUACUCGGCGACGCACACUGGAACAAUGGGAGUGUGCGGCUUACGCGUGAUCUGGCCGUUCCAAACUCCGGUGCGGGAAAGAUUCUUUACUCCAAACCCAUUAGGUUCCGGCAGCCGGGGACCCAGAAUCCGGCGAGCUUCUCUACAUUCUUUUCAUUCUCCGUGAUGAAUUUGAAUCCUUCCUCCAUCGGGGGCGGUUUGGCUUUUGUGAUCUCACCGGAUGACAAGACUAUUGGCGACGCCGGUGGGUUUUUGGGUAUCAUGGACUCGAAUGGGGUCCGAAACGGCGUCGUGGCGGUGGAGUUUGAUACUCUAAUGGACGUUGAAUUCAAGGACAUUAACGGGAAUCACGUGGGGUUGGAUCUGAACUCAAUGGUUUCAAACCCGGUGGGUAAUUUGGAGACCAUCGGCGUUGAUCUCAAGAGUGGUGACCUGAUCAACUCGUGGGUCGAUUACUCCGGUUCAACUCGAGUAAUCAAAGUAUACGUAUCGUACUCUAAUCUGAAACCCAAAGAGCCCAUUAUCUCAGCCCCUCUUGAUCUCAACGAGUACGUUGCUAAUGAUUUCAUGUUUGUUGGGUUCUCCGGAUCUACUCAGGGAAGCACCGAGAUUCACAGCAUUGAAUGGUGGAGUUUCAGUUCGUCCUUCGAUGAAAAUCCCAAGUCCAAUUCGGUGGUGCCACCGGAGAUACCACCACCUCCGCCGCCCACCUCUACUCUAAUGAACCCGACGGCAAACACAGUCAACCCGCCGCCACCUGCUUUAGCACCUGCUGCUAAUAGUACGUCGUCGCAUGAGACCAAAACUAGUGGGAAGUGUCACUCCCAGUUGUGUAAAGAUGGUCCCGGGGCUGUUGUUGGGGUGGUAACAGCCGGCGCAUUUUUUCUUGCCUUUUGCACUUUGGUGGUAAUUUGGGCAUACAACAAGAAAUUCAAGGGUGUGAAAAAAUCCGAGACUUUGGCUUCCGAUGUGAUCAGAAUGCCCAAAGAAUUUAGCUACAAGGAGCUAAAAUUUGCCACAAAGGGUUUCGAUUCGACCCAAAUUAUCGGGUACGGUGCAUUUGGGACGGUUUAUAAGGGGAUAUUGCCGGACACCGGAGAAAUAGUGGCGGUAAAGAGGUGUAGUCAUAGCGGACAGGGGAAGGCAGAGUUUUUAUCUGAAUUGUCCAUAAUUGGAACUCUUAGGCAUAGAAAUCUUGUUAGGCUACAAGGGUGGUGCCAUGAGAAAGGCGAAAUUUUGUUAGUCUAUGAUUUGAUGCCUAAUGGAAGUCUUGACAAGGCAUUAUUUGAGUCGAGAAUGAUCUUAUCAUGGUCUCAUCGGAAGAAAAUUUUGCUCGGGGUGGCAUCCGCCUUGGCCUAUUUGCAUCAAGAAUGUGAAAAUCAAGUGAUUCAUAGAGAUAUUAAGGCUAGUAACAUUAUGUUGGAUGAAGGGUUCAAUGCAAGAUUAGGGGAUUUCGGAUUGGCUAGGCAAACAGAGCAUGACAAAUCCCCUGAUGCAACGGUGGCUGCUGGAACAAUGGGGUACUUGGCGCCCGAGUAUUUAUUAACCGGAAGGGCAACUGAGAAAACCGACGUUUUCAGCUAUGGUGCAGUAGUGCUAGAGGUGGCGAGUGGGCGGAGGCCAAUUGAGAAAGAGGUUACGGGGGUGGGGAAAGUUGGGAUGAGUAGUAAUUUAGUGGAAUGGGUGUGGAGUUUACAUAGAGAAGGGCAGCUGUUGGUGGCGGCCGAUCAACGUCUGGGGAAUGAUUUCGACGAGGCCGAGAUGUUGAGGGUGUUGUUGGUUGGGUUGGCAUGUUCCCACCCUGAUCCAAUGGCUAGGCCUACAAUGAGGGUGGUUGUCCAAAUGCUUGUAGGAGAGUGUGAAGUUCCAAUUGUCCCAAGAACAAAGCCAACUAUGAGUUUUAGCACAUCCCAUCUCCUAAUGACAUUGCAGGACAGUGUUUCUGAUUUGAACGCCAUGAUCACCCUCUCCUCCUCCUCCUCCUCGUCGGAAAACAAUUUCACAGGUGGCGCUGGCGGCGCUUUGAACUUGGUUUGA